AUGGCGCAGACCCGGUGGGUUGCAGACCGGCUGGCAGAGUCAGACCCCGGGGCAACGUUUCAGAUUCAAUCAAUUCGCACCACCGGCGACGGAGAUCCGCGCCCCCUCUUUGCCAUGGAUCAGAAAGGGAUCUUUGAGAGGGAGGUAGAUGCAGCAGUGGCGCAGAGCAGGGUGGACUUUGCGGUGCACAGCCUCAAGGACGUGCCCUCGCAGCUUCCCGACGGGCUGACGCUGGCCUGCGUCCCAAAAAGGGAGUCAGCAAGAGAUGUCCUGAUCACCGGAGACGGCUCGUCCCUGCAGUCGCUGCCACGGGGAUCCAUAAUCGGAACUAGCAGCCUGCGGCGGGCGGUCCAGAUAAGGAGGAGCAGGCCCGAUGUGGGGGUAAGGCCCAUCCGUGGAAACAUUGAGACGCGGAUAGCAAAGAUUGACGGAGCGAACUACCACGGCAUAGUGCUGGCACAGGCGGGAAUCUCCAGGCUGAACCUGGACGUAAUAUCUGCCGCAUUGCCGGAGGACGAGUUUGUGCCGUCGCCGGGCCAGGGUUCCCUAGCCGUGGUGUCUCGGGCCGACGACCACGGUCUCAUCACACUGCUAAAGGGAAUAGAGGAUGCGGACUCGAGGCUCGAGGCAGAGGCAGAGAGGGCCCUGUCAGGCUACGUCGAGUCCGGAUGCCGGUUUCCCUUGGGCGCGCAUGCCAGUGUGGAUGGCCCCACAAUGACCCUGAGGGCGGCGGCAUUCUCUGCUGACGGCAAGAAGUCUGCCGUAGCCAGGAUCGCAGGGGAUCGCCGGGCUCCGCGGGAUCUGGCGGACCGUACCGCGCAGGAUCUCCGGCGGCAGGGUGUGGAGGCGCUGGCAUCCGGCUGGAGAGAGAGCUUGGAGAUGUGGAACAGAUGA